GUUCGGUAAAAACUCCAAAUCUCACCCCCCCUCUCUCUCUCUACACCCCCAACAACUCUCUCUCUCUCUCUCUCUCUCUGGGCCACUAUUCUCGCCGGAAAAAGCACAUCCCUCCCCACCCCCCUUCUCUCUCUCUCUCUCUCUCUCUCUCUCUCUAACCCACCCCCUCUCUCUUUCUCUCUCCUCCCACUGUAAUCCCACACAUUAUACCUUCCUUCAAAACGCAGGCUCCUCCUCCCCACCCCACUUUAAACCACUGUUCCGACAUCCCCCCCGAGAUUCCUCAAUCUUCCCCGCAGGCUUCUCUCUCUCCAAAUCCGUUCAUUCUCUUUCCAGAGGGAGAGACGGCGAGACAAUGUGACGUCGUUUUGCCCUCCGAAUCCUCCCGUGUAUGUGCUCCCCGUGCGUGAUGAUGGUCGCUGCCGUCACCGGCGCAGCAGCAGCAGCAGCGGAUCCCCAAAACCCUAACAACAAAUCUCAGAAUGACGGCCAACAACAGCAGCAGCAGCAGCAAAACCCUAACAAACGACCCCCGUUCAAAUCCAGGCAAGUCUCCUCCCGCUACAUGUCCCCUUCCUCCUCCUCCGCCUCGGUUGCUUCUUCCAAUUCUACUCCUACCCGCCGCUGCCCCUCCCCCCUGGUCUCCCGCAACUCGAAUCCGGCCCCCAACACCCCGAUUCCGGCCCCGAAACGAGCCGUCUCGGCCGACCGGAGGCGGCCGACGACCCCGUCACGGUUCGAGCCGAGGCUCAGCAAUGCCGGUGAGGUGUCGGCCGCCACCAAGCUCCUGGUCACUUCCACUCGGAGUCUGUCGGUCUCGUUUCAAGGCGAGGCGUUUUCGCUCCCGAUUAGUAAGACCAAGGCGGCGCCAACGGUUAGUAAUGUAAGAAAAGGGACGCCGGAACGGCGUAGUGUUAGUAGUAAUGGUAAUAGUAAUGGUACUAGUACUAGUGCUAGGGCUAGUACUCCUGUCAGGGGUGGAGAUCAGGCAGCGGAGAGUCUGGCGAAGUCGAUUGAUCAACACCGGUGGCCGGGCAGGAACCGGCAGAUGCAGCAGCCGAAUUCUCUGUCUAGGAGCUUGGAUUGUCCGGAGGAUAAGAUGAAACUGAUUGGAUCUGGAAAAAAUGGGAAUAACGUGGUUAGGGCGUUGCAGAAGUCCAUGGUUUUCGAUGAGGGUAGGAGGGCGUCGUUUGACGGUAGGUUGAGUCUUGAUUUGGGUAGUGCCGAGCUUUUGAGAGCGAUUCAGAAGGGACCGAAUGGGAAUAAUUCGGUGAGCGAGUCCUCCGUGGUUUCUGAUCUUGCUGCGUCUGAUUCGGAUAGAGAUAGUGUCUCUUCGGGUAGUACUUCAGGAGUUCAAGAAUGCGGCGGUGGUGGUGCUGGUAGUAUGAAAGGGCGAAAUGCCCCUCGGGGGAUUGCUGUUUCGGCUAGGUUUUGGCAAGAGACGAAUAGUCGGUUGAGGAGGUUGAACGAUCCGGGCUCACCGUUGUUAUUGACCAGUCCUGCGAAAAUGGUGGUGCCACCCAAAUUUGGUCAAUCGAAAAAGUUCCCGAGUGAUAGCACGUUGUCGUCUCCACGGACAAUGUCUUCUCCUAUUAGGGGAGGUGGUAUUAGGCCUGCAUCACCAAGUAAAACUAUGACACCAUCUCCGGCGAGGGGUAUGACUAGUCCAUCCAGGGUCAGGAGUUCAGUCUCUGGAACCAUUAGUAGUAGUUUUGGUGAGACGCCUUCGGUUCUCAGUUUUGCUGUUGAUGUUCGGAGAGGCAAGGUGGGGGAGAAUCGCCUUGGGGAUGCACACUUGUUGAGGCUUUUGUACAAUCGACACUUGCAAUGGCGGUUUGUAAAUGCUAGGACUGAAGCUGCCUUGUUGGUGCAGAGAAAUAGUGCAGAGAAAAAUCUUUGGAACGCAUGGAUAACGACGUCAGAUCUACGUGAUUCCGUCACCAAAAAGAGACACCGCUUGCAAUUGUUGAGGCAAAAGUUAAAGCUAGCCUCCAUUCUGAAGGGAGAAAUAACGUGUUUAGAAGAUUGGGCUUGUUUAGAUAAAGACCACUCUGUAUCUCUGCUUGGAGCAAUUGAAGCUUUGAAGGCUAGCACUCUUCGUCUUCCAGUGGUUGGAGGAGCAAUUGCUGACGUCCAAAGCGUCAAGGAUGCUAUUGGUUCAGCAGUUGAUGUGAUGCAGGCAAUGUCAUAUUCAAUGUACUCACUUUUGAUGAAGGUGGAAGAAGUGAAUUCUUUGGUGGCUGAACUUGUGAAAGUGAUUUCCAAAGAGCAGGCUUUGCUUGAACAAUGCAAGGAUUUCUUGUCCAUGUUAGCGGCCAUGCAGGUUAAGUACUUUAGUUUGAGAACGCAAAUAUUACAACUUACUCGCGUACCAACUGCCUGACGACACGUGUGUAGAACUGAUCUCUAUUGUGACUCUCUCCACUCUGAAAGCUAACUUUACACCAAAACUUGGCAAAGCUAAGAAGAGGCGGCUCAAGAGGUAAUAAGCGUAAACCGAAUGACUAGUUUCAGCUUCUCAUUUGGAAGUUUUGGAAAUCUGUUGAGGUGUUCUCUGUCAUUUCUUCUUGUAUCUUUUGUAUCCGAAAGAUUAUAGGAAAUGGUGUUUUCCUCCUGCCAAUGACCUGUAUAAAAUUCCUUCUUCCUUUUCUUCCGGGAAAGGGAACUUACGUACCUACGUGUACAUAUGUAAUGCUCGGAUUACUGUUGUUAGCUAGUUCUUGGGUAAAUUCUUAAUUUGUCAUCUGAA